AUGGCAAUCGGACAUCAACUGGUGGGUCCCGAGCUUAAUCAAACCUCACCUGAAAAAUCCAGACACCUCAUUGCAACAUGUUCCACGACGACACCUCUCGGCAUCCCCAAGAGGUCACCAUUCUCCACUAUCCAGAACCAUGCAUUUUUACAUUCGGUUGAGGUCAUCAUCCCAAAGGACUCAUAUUCCAAAAUCAAACCGGCACUUGCCAAGCUAGAUAAACCUCGAUAUGCGCGGGUUUACAUGGCACCUUCAUCUCUACUGGAGCAUGAGUUCUUCAACACAUAUAUCAAAUCAGGCAAUAUAUUGAUGAUCUCCGAAGGGCGCUCGGGAUCAGACAAUGUCUUUACUCUUCGUGAUGUGGUGGAACUCAAUCUGCGGCUGCCCUCGAUGCUGCACGGCAAGAAAGGGUUUGACAGAAUAGUGUGGGCCUUUUCUCAUGUCUUGACUCAAUCAGUGGCCUGGCUGUUCUACGAUUUGGAAGAUCCCUCCAGCUUAGAAGAGCCUGGCCCUAAGCCCAUUCACCAGCUUCAACCCCAGCUAGUGACAUGUGAGUUACAAGAGACUGGACAUGAGCAAGUGAUCAUGCCCCGACUCUACGGGGAUACGCUUGACAGCAUGCCCGAGGGCGAAUUACAAGAAUACUGUGGUGAGCUGGCGGAAUGGCUUGCGAUGGUUCAGAUGGGCUCUCCCCGGGCUCAAGAGGAUGAUAUCGACCCAUACCUGAGUCGAUAUGCUAUUUCAGAUGCACAGGAAUCCCGCGUCGAUCUCUUGAGCCUGAAGUGGCACGGUUUGAUCUCGUGCCAUUGGGCUAUGAAAGUUUUUCUACUCGCCAAACACAGCCCCUGGUUCGCCGUCGCCGCCGCGGGACUGGGCAAAGACGCUGUGGAGGGAAGGGACGGGUUCACGGUGCUGGCGGAAGGAGCGAAGGUCAUCUGCUGGGAAACCACGGGGGCAUCCAUAGUGUAG